UGGCACUUGCAUUUCUGUUGUAGAUUGCAUUGUCAGUCCUUUUGCGAAAAGGACAAGUAUAUUAUCUGCUCGGUAACUGGGUGUUGCUGUUCACUUCUGCUGUAUUGCGAAGGAGGAGGGGAAAAUUAAGGUGUAAAGUAGAAGUCUUUUUCAAAAGGAAUUAUGGACUAGAUAUUACAUAUAUCUUUAAUUAAAGAACAAUGAAGAAAUUCUAACAAAGGUUAAAAUUUUUUUAAUCUAUAAGUUGGGGUUCUGGUUUAAUAUUUCAUUCUUAAGUGACAAAAAUGAUUCACUGAGCCAUAUUUUUUAGGACUGUUGAAAUAGGAGUAGCUACGGGUUGCAUAUCUGUUCAUUACAGCAUGUAAUUUUAUUACCCAGGCUUCUUAAAUUAUCUAGUAUAUUGAAUCCAAUUGUUAGCGUUUCUUGUUUGUAUAUUAAUUUGCUGCAUUUAAAAUCUUCUUGUAGAGCCGUGCUAGUUCUACCUUAAAAAAGAAAACACCCCUCUGCUUAAAAGAAAUGGUACUUCCUGCUUUCAUAAACAGUCAUGUGCAUAGUUUAGCAAGGCCUGAUGCCUCUGGAGCCUUUUCCCUUUAUAGCACCAUUGAAUCCCAGUCCUAACAGAAGUACUGCGAAUCUUGUGGCCUCUUUUUGAACAAAAGGGAUUAGAGAAGAGAAAUCUCUUGAUAUAAGGCUUGAAAGCAAGGGCAGGCAAUCUUGGUUGUGAAUAUUUUCUGAUUUUUCCAGAAAUCAAGCAGAAGAUUGAGCUGCUGAUGUCAGUUAACUCUGAGAAGUCGUCCUCUUCAGAAAGUCUGUGCUAGGAGAUGGAACAGUCACUGCAUGCAGUAAUGGUUCAUGCCUGCAGGCCGGAGCCUCAGCAGAAAGCUCCCUUAGUCCCCCCCCCACCGCCACCGCCGCCACCGCCAGACCCCACGCCCCCCGAGCCAGAGGAGGAGAUCCUGGGAUCAGACGAUGAGGAGCAGGAGGACCCCGCAGACUACUGCAAAGGUGGCUAUCAUCCAGUGAAAAUUGGAGACCUCUUCAAUGGCCGCUAUCAUGUUAUUAGGAAGCUAGGAUGGGGACACUUCUCAACUGUCUGGCUGUGCUGGGAUAUGCAGGGGAAAAGAUUUGUUGCAAUGAAAGUUGUCAAAAGUGCCCAGCAUUAUACAGAGACAGCCUUGGAUGAAAUAAAAUUGCUUAAAUGUGUUCGAGAAAGUGAUCCCAGUGACCCAAAUAAAGACAUGGUAGUACAGCUAAUCGAUGACUUCAAGAUUUCAGGCAUGAAUGGAAUACAUGUCUGCAUGGUCUUUGAAGUGCUUGGCCACCAUCUCCUCAAAUGGAUCAUCAAGUCCAACUACCAAGGCCUCCCCGUACGCUGCGUGAAGAGUAUCAUUCGACAGGUCCUUCAGGGGUUAGAUUAUCUACACAGUAAGUGCAAGAUCAUUCAUACUGACAUAAAGCCAGAAAACAUCUUGAUGUGUGUGGAUGAUGCAUAUGUGAGAAGAAUGGCAGCCGAGGCCACUGAGUGGCAGAAAGCAGGUGCUCCUCCUCCUUCAGGGUCUGCAGUGAGUACCGCUCCACAGCAAAAACCUAUAGGAAAAAUAUCUAAAAACAAAAAGAAGAAACUGAAAAAGAAGCAGAAAAGACAGGCUGAGUUACUGGAAAAGCGCCUACAGGAAAUAGAAGAAUUGGAGCGAGAAGCUGAAAGGAAAAUAAUAGAAGAAAACAUCCUAUCAGCUGUACCAUCCAGUGAGCAAGAUGAUGAGUCCUGCCCAGAGGUGGAGCUACAAACAGCAGGCUUGGAGGAUGCAGCCGGUGGGGAGCCUGCGAGUGGUGAUGGUGAAGCUGAGGACCAGGAAGAGAAAGAAGAUGCCGAGAAGGAAAGCAUUGAGAAAGAUGAAGACGAUAUUGAACAGGAGCUGGCAAACAUAGACCCUACUUGGGUAGAAUCACCCAGAACCAACGGCCACAUUGAGAAUGGCCCGUUCCUGCUGGAACCACAGUUGGAUGACGAAGACGAUGAGGAGGAAGAUUGUCCGAAUCCUGAGGAUUAUAACCCUGAGGAGCCAAAUGCGGAGAGUGAUUACACAUACAGCAGCUCCUAUGAACAAUUCAAUGGUGAAUUGCCAAACGGACGACAUAAAAUUCCUGAGUCACAGUUUCCAGAAUUUUCCACAUCGUUGUUCUCUGGGCCCUUAGAACCUGUGGCUUGUGGCUCUGCACUUUCCGAAGGAUCCCCACUUACCGAGCAUGAGGAAAGCAGUCCAUCCCACGACAGAAGCAGGACAGUUUCAGCCUCCAGCACUGGGGAUUUGCCAAAAACAAAAACCCGGGCGGCCGACUUGCUGGUGAAUCCCCUGGAUCCACGGAACGCAGAUAAAAUUAGAGUUAAAAUUGCUGACCUGGGAAAUGCCUGUUGGGUGCAUAAACACUUCACAGAAGAUAUCCAGACGCGUCAGUACAGAUCCAUAGAGGUUCUAAUAGGAGCAGGUUACAGUACACCCGCAGACAUCUGGAGCACAGCAUGUAUGGCAUUUGAGCUGGCAACAGGAGAUUAUUUGUUUGAACCACAUUCUGGGGAAGACUAUUCCAGAGACGAAGACCACAUAGCCCACAUCAUAGAGCUGCUAGGCAGUAUCCCAAGGCACUUUGCUCUAUCUGGAAAAUAUUCUCGGGAAUUCUUCAAUCGCAGAGAUCACAUAGCAUUGAUCAUUGAACUGCUGGGGAAAGUCCCUCGAAAAUACGCUAUGUUGGGAAAAUAUUCCAAGGAGUUUUUCACCAGAAAAGGAGAACUGCGGCACAUCACCAAGCUGAAGCCCUGGAGCCUCUUUGAUGUCCUUGUGGAAAAGUACGGUUGGCCCCAUGAAGAUGCUGCACAGUUUACAGAUUUCCUGAUCCCGAUGUUAGAAAUGGUUCCAGAAAAACGAGCCUCAGCUGGCGAAUGCCUUCGGCAUCCUUGGUUGAAUUCUUAGCAGAUUCUCCAAGUAGCGCAUUCUGAGCUAGCCAGUGUUUUCCAGUACAUUGGACCUAAACGGUGACUCUCAUUCUUUAACAGGAUUACAAGUGAGCUGGCUUCAUCCUCAGACCUUUAUUUUGCUUUGAGGUACUGUUGUUUGACAUGUUGCUUUUUGUGCACUGUGGUCCUGGGGCAGGGUAGUCUUUUGUCUUCAGCUUAGUAGUUUACUGACCCACUUCUGGAAACAAUAACAUGUCUCUAAAGCAUCAUUUCUUGUGUUAUGUGACAUUCAAAUGUCAAUUUUUUUGAAUGAAAACUACUUUCCCCCUUGUGUUUUGGCAGGUUUUGUAAUUAUUUAUGAAGAUAUAUUUUAGCUGAGUACUAUAUAAUUUACAGUUCUAAGAAAUUAUCGAGUUGGAACCAAGAAAUAGCAAGGAAAUGUACCAUUUUAUCUUUCGGCAAAGGGGCCUCACUCCUGUAUUAUAGUGUAUGUAAAUGCACCCUGAAAUGUUAAUUCCCAUGAAAUGUGGGAUGGGGACUCAAACCUAAAAAAAGCUACCAAGUCUUGAGUGCUUUGUAGCAUAUGUUGCAUGUAGUGGACUGUGACCGCUCCCAGGAGCUGUGCAGACUUUUCAUUCCAUUAACAGUCCUUACACAUUGGAUUUUAAACAAAGUGGCUCUGGGUUAUGUCAUUCCCUAUCAGGCACUUUAAAGAAAGACAUGCUUCUAAUUCUAAAAUUCGUAUUAUAGUUUAGCACUCCCAUUCGUAUUUUUGCAUAUUUUUAAAAGUACCUUUAAGGAAAAAGAGCAAUUUCUCUUUCAAAAUGUGAUGGCCUGUACCAUGUGGUGGUGCCUCCUCCAAGCACUGUAAGUUAAAUUCUGCAUCGAUUAAAUCACAAGAAAAA